UGCAGAAAAGUUAGACCUUGAUCUUUUGCAGAAUCAUGGGACGAAUCUCGCGGCAGCCAUCUUGAAAGAGAACACUUCGCAACAGGACCGUCCAUUUUCUGAUUUCUUUGAGAGAUUUCUGACUCCUGUUUUUAUGUAGAGAGAGUCGAAGUUGAGACAACAACUUUACUCUGCUACACCAAAGGUGUAUAGACACAACGGACUGCGUAUAAUCAACAUACAGAGUCAGACUCACAGAGAUACCAAAGAUGCUGUCCGUACUCGCCAUCACGUUGGUCCUAGUGACGUCAGGCGUGCACAGCCAGGGUACUCUGGACCCAAGCGUGUGUAACCUGCCCACGGAAGUUUCAGGCGGACCCGCCAUCCCACAGUUUGACAACAUAGACCAUUUCGAGGCCUACAUUGAGUGUAACAUGAAAGACAUUGGUGAGACCAUCGAGGUAAAAGAGUACUAUGACAGUAAGGAGGACCGAGGUGCCCUGGACACCAUACAGUACGGACAGGGCAUCUAUCUCAUCUAUGACUACAGCGUCUUACAGAUAUACGAGAUCGUUCAGCGGACGUCAACCGAAAACCCCGUUUGUCAAGUGAGGCCGAUGCAGUCGUCAGCGCAGAACGGCGUGUUCGGUCUGAACCCGGGUACGGGGAACAGCGGGCACAUCUUCAGUGUCGCCCAGAUGUUCAACCUCGGCACCACCGGAAUGAGAUACGCAGGUACGGCGACAGUCCGAGGAAUGCCGGUCCAUAGGUACAGUCUGUGCGUGUACUGGGACCAGUGGCAGUCUUCUAUCCAGGCGGACUACUACUUCACACUCUCUGACUACCAGAACCCGUACAACUGGGCCAGCAUGGUCCCGGUACGUAUCACAGCUAAGGGCAUCGCCCAGGGUCCUCCCCACCACCGGCCGGGCGAUCCCGUCAACCCUAACGAAGUCACCAUGACGCAGCACAACUUCGAUCACGUCUACGACAUCUUCUUUUUCAAACCAUACGUCAACGACCGCACUGUGUUCGACAUCCCAGCAGGAGUGGUCUGCCCGGGGCGACCCCCCGUCAAGCCUCUCCCUGAUAUCCCGAACGCCUUCAGCUACAGGUCCGAGAUUCUCGUCAAGUACAACUUCGUCGUCUCUUACAUCGAUGAGUACUAUGAUUACAAUAACAAGCUGGUUCGGUACGACUACAAACCUUUGUCCGCCUCCUCUAAUUCAUUCGGCACGGACAACGAAAUAGUCGUGCACGACUUCAGAACAGGUAUUGAAUAUCUGACUGACGCAAUUUCUGGGAACUGCACAACUCGACCCAUCUCCAACACCAGCUUCGACUCAGAGGCGGUGGAUCCCUAUACCAUCCGCAUGCGCAACAAAUUCGAAUUCUUUGAGUUCGACAAAGUCAACUACUCGUACAGUGGAGUGAAAGAGCUGCGAGGCAUCCCGUGUGAUGUGUGGAUUGCCACACGAAUGGACUGGCCUUUCAAGGGCAAAAUCACGUCAUGGGAGUGGUGGUUCAGCGCGGUUGGUGUGGCAGCAUCUACCACCAACAGAGGCGUGGAGCUAAAUGUUCCCAUCCACUUGGAAGUUCGGUCCCUCGACCCGACCUUCCCAUACUACACUAUCUACAACACGUAUGCCUUUGACAACAGUCAACCCAAGUUUCAGUACUUCGACAUCAACCACUGUUUCCCUGCUGAGAACAGGAAGCGCCUCCAGGUGGCAUUCCCAGGUAACUACUUCUCGCAGGUGUUCAGUAACCAGACCCUGUUUAAGGAGGAGUUUCUGCUGGUAGUGGUGGAGACAGCAAUGGUGUCUCCUCUCAGGGUUACAGACAUGCAGCUUGACUAUGACAGCAGUCGGCGGAUCCUGGUGGAGUUCACACUGCUGGACAAGGCUCCCAUCGUGGGCAGCGUGUACUGUUCAGGUGGCUGCCGACCUGAGACACCUCUACAGCAGGCUGUCGACAUGGUCAAGUCAGCAGUCAACAGUAACCAAUUCACUGUCCAGAUGCCAAGUGCUGACCCCAAUAAGCCUCUGGCAUUCACAGCGUACCCAGACAAGUACCGAGAUGACCUGACCGUCCCUGGAAUGCCUCAGAAAGGAUACUCCUCUGGUGACAUGGCGGGACUGGCUAUGGGUAUGGUCAUCCUGGGACUGGUGAUCGGUGGUGGAUCCGGAUUCUUCAUCUUCAGAAAUGCAUAAAUCAAUCAAGAAAAUGUACAAAUUUAGCUGCAAUAGCAUUGCCAAUUGAAGAUAUUAGCUUCUAUGCACUUGUAUUAAAAGCAGUGUAGUUAUAAAAAUGAUCACUAGUUGUAUUUGUAUUGCAGCAGUCUAUAGGAACCAAUACUUACACUCAUGUUUUUAAUAAGAACUUAAACUUGAAAUGAAGGAUUGUUUAAAAGCACCUCUGCAUGGGCACUGGAAAAUGCUGAUUUAUAGACUUUGAGGUGAUGAAAUAUAUGCUGAUGUAGAAUGCAAUAAUGACUUUUUGUGUCCGAACACAGUUUUCUGUACUGUGGUGCUACUAACACAAAUUUCAUAUCAAGUCCUUUUAACAGUAGCUUUUUUAAAAUACAGUAAUUGUCAAUGCAAUUUGAUGAGCUAGUAGUUUUACAUUGUACCCAGUGUUUCAAGCAUUAUACUAGAAUAUAGUAAAGGGGAAAUUUAUUCCUAAUGUUUGUGAGCAUUAUUAUUGAAUUGUAACAAAAGCUGUCAUGUAUACUCUCAAAUACCUGAUUAUUGUAUCCUUGUCAUUUGUUUUGUAUUAUCAUACCACUGCUUUGUGGCUAUUGUUACAAUAAAACUAAGGUAAUUUUUGCCAUUAUAGGGGAGGGGGGGUGAGAAAGACAAUGUUGAUGGAUUUACAAUGUAC